ACACUAGUAGAAAAAUGUUAUAUAGACACGAAAAUUUUCAUGACUAAAGCUAAUUUUUCGUGACUAUACAUUGAUGUAGACACGAAAAGUCACGAAAAAAUUUCGUGUGUAUACGAUCGUGACCAAAAUUUACCGUGACUAAACGUGUAUAAAACAGUCACGUUUUUGACACUGUUAUUUUUCGUGGUUUAUAUUUAUCACGCUUAGUGUUUGUGACUAUUCCGUGACUAUUUAUUAAAAAAAAACAAAAAAAAAUAUAAUUAGUAAAUUAAGAAUUAAUGAAUUAAAAAACAAUACAAAUAUGUUUUUCGUAUAUAUGGUGUCAUAUACAUAUUUAUAUAUCAUACAUAUAACAUAUAUACAAAAGCGUGAGCUUGACCGGAGAUUUAACUUCGCCGGCACAGCUCCGCCUCAGCCUCUGGUUUGUAACGUCACUGCCUCAAUUCGUCGCGCCUCUGCAUUCGGUUAGUCGCGCCUCUGCCUGCGGUUCGUCACACCUCGCCUCCGGUUCGUCACUCCUCCGCCUCGUCACUACAUGCGGCAUGUCUCCGCUAUCUCAUCCUUCGCCUCUGGUGUGCCUCCACUACUCCAGCUGUUCUUUACUCCAAAUUGUCUCCAUGCCAGAUCUGUGAGCCGGGAUGUUUGUACGAUCUAGAUCUGAUGCCGAACAACUCCGACGAUAACUGCAUCUCACACCAGUCUCUGGCGCAACAACAACAUCGUAUCGUAGGAGUAGAUUUGGUAGACAGUGAAGGAGAUCUGGUGAUGGCAGAAGGAAGAGAUUCGGUUUGAUAAAAUACGAUAGUGGUUGAUGAAAAGAUUAUGUGAGUGGAGUAGAAGAAAGGAAUUAGGUGACCAGAAUCGAUGAAAUCGAUUUGUUUGUGUUAAGAGGAAGAGAAUCGUUUGUAGAAGAAGAUAAUACUUGUUUACAGAGGAAAAGGUACAUGGGAGAACGAGAGAAAAAGGAAGGAAGUAAUAUGAGCCAUUAGAUCAAAUUGAUCAAUGGUUAAGACAGUUAUCCUUGUCAAAAGGUAUAGACCAAUGAGAAAAUUUCACUAAAGUAUCUUGCUUUUAUCUUUCUUUCUUUUUUUUUCUUUUUUUCCCGACUUUGUUUUCUUUUUUCUUUGUAACACAUGCAUCCUCUACCAUUAUAUGUAUUUUGUUAUUAUCAUUAAGUUGUUAUUUCUAGGUAUUUGGUUCAUAAUUUUCAGAUAAUUUAGAUUAUUAGAUAUAAAAUUUAAAAAUGUAAUGUAGAAGUUAACUUCAAAAUUGAGGAAUUUAAAAAUUUAAAGGAUUCAAUCCACAUUUAAAAUGAUUUAGUUCACAUUUAAAAGUAGAAAAAUUAAAAAUUGUUUUUAAACUACAAAUUUGACUUCUGAGUAUAUAUAAAAUUAUAUUUUUUAUUUACAUUUUUAACUAACUAAAAUUUUUAUAUUUGAGUCGUCAUUUUAUUCUUUAAGUUUUGAUGUUUGGAUAAGCUUUGUGGUAAGGUUUAAAGUAGGGUUUGUGAAUAUGUUUAAAGUUAUGAUUUGAAAAAAGAAAUUAAAAUCUUUUAACUCUGUAUAAGAGUUAGAUCUUAGUUUAAGCUAUAAUAUAGUAAACUACAUUGCAUAUUUAGAGUUUAGGGUUUCAAAAUUUCAUUUAGGGUUUAGAGAUUUAAAUAGUCGUGAACAAAAUGUGACAAAUUCAUGACUACUUAAAAAAAGUAACACCAUCUGGUCACGGUUUUUAAUUAUGUCCGAUUAGUCACGAAAUUAUUGUGGCAAAACGUGUCUAUAUCUAGUCACAUUAUCUUUUGUGACAAAAACAUGACUAUUAAUGUCACGGAAAUGACACGAUUAGUCACGUUUUUUCCUAUUUUCAUGUUUUGUGACUAAUCGAGACUUUUUCGUGACUAAUCAAAAAAUAGUCACACACAUAAGUGACUAAAACGUGACUAUAGGAGUAAUUUCUACUAGUGUGAACACGUGCUACGAGCUCUAUCUUCCACUGGAGUCGCGGUGGUACAUAUCGGAUCUGGUUAGUCCAAUUAGUUGUUAUAUCAUAAAUAUAAAAAAUGUUAUAGUUAGAUCUUGUGUAUCUAUAGUGAGUAUGUUUCCUUUGUAAUGAAACAGAAAGCACGUGCGCAGUCAUGUACCUUGAUAUGGUGAAAUGGCGAGAGGAUAAUCCUCCUCCGGCUACAAUGAUGAUCAUAACCAAUCAGAUGCUAGAUGUCUUCAACUGGGAUCUGGCCCGGCUACAACAACGCACGAGUUACAACAUUUUUCUGGCUUAUUCAAUUAGGCCUGUCGCAGCAUUGUUCGUGUACACUCGCAAAGAGUGGCUCUGGGAAAAAUUACUACAUGGGACGACGUCGACAAGCGUAGACACGGCGGGUGAAUUAUCUACCGUGUUUCAUUGCGAAUUUUGCUCUUUGGAUUGCCAAAGCGUGAAGAGUUUCAAAAAGCAUCUCUCCACUAAAAAGCAUGCAAUAGAAGAGGUGUUAAACCCUCAGCCUACACAACUUAUAUCUGUAACGAAGAGGUGGGGGAAGAACUAUGCUGCGACGCCUGAAUAUGCGACAGCUAAAAUCCAUGUGAGUUGGGACAUGUCUGAGUGUCCUAUUCCCGACGGUUAUGAUGCUCGUCGGGUCCGUCCCAGUUUGGAAGGAGCUUUCAAGGAACUAGGCUACUCUGGUCCUGUCUCCAUCACUGCCUUUGGUGACCAUAAACAAACCCCUGAACGCCACCUUCAUGCCCUCUCUUCCACUGGAAUCGAUGUUGCACAUGCCCUUCCGGAAUUCAUAUACAGUCGCAUGUUUGAUGAUUUGAAGCUAUGGCGAGAUAACAAUCCUACUCCGACUACAAUGAUGAUCAUAUCGGAUGGGGCUGAAUAUUUGUUAGGAGGUAGUCUUGCCAGGCUAAAACAACUAAAGAAAUACAACCUGUUUUGGGCUUAUUCUUUUAGGCCUUGGAAAAUGUCAGUCAUGCUCACUUCUGCCGAGUGGCUCUGGGAUAGCUUACUUGCAGAGACCAAAAGACAUGUUCUUCGGAAGUGCAGUGGAAGUAGUGAAAGCGUUGUUGAGUCUACCGGAAUGUUUUAUUGCAAAAUGUGCUUCUCUAAGCGCAAACGCCUGGAUAAAUUCAUGAAGCAUCUCUCGAGUAAAAAACAUAUCUCCGAAGAGGAGGGUAUUACUGAGCAUGUUGAAGCUUCCGAGAAGCGGCGACUGUACUGGCUAAAGAAAGAAUGUUUUCCAGAGAGCAAGCGGUUGAGGAAAGCUGCCUAGUCGAGGUCGAAAAGUUGUGACUCAAGUGAUUAGUGUCUAAUCCUAUCCUAUCUUUAUUUUUCGUUUCCUAGUCUAUGUUUCGUUUUGAAGUAUUUAAAACAAUGGCUAUAUAUAUAUAUUGUAGCAAUGGAUCUUGAUAGCUGCGUCUAGACUCCAGAACUAGGCCCAAAAUGUAUUUUUGGUACUCUUAAGAGUUUCUGUCUUUUUUUGGAUCUCUGUUUCUAACUUUGUUCACUUCCCAAAGGCUCUUCAAACAUAGGUGAUUGAGUA